AUGGAGAAGAAUGCGCUUGAAGUCACUGCGGACGGUUACAGACGGCCAGCUCUCCUGAAUACAUGCAGAGAGAUUCGAUCAGAGACCUUGAAAAUCUGGUACUACGGGAGCCGUUUCAAAAUCUCUGUGUAUGACUUCAACUCGGACACGAUAUUCCGCUUUACUAGCUCAGUGCGAGCCUUCGGCAUCAGGCUGAGCCUAGUGAAUUGUCGGUGCAACUACUACCACAACCCUCCCUCGUGGACGAAUCUAGUCUGUUGGCUAAGACGGUAUCAUGCAAAGGAAAUCCACUUGGCCGUAAACCCCACCUCGCCUCACCACACAUGGUUGCAGGGAUCCCUGGAAAGAUGUCGAGGAGUUGAUGAAGACUCUCAGACCAUGUUUGGCUGUCCAAGAUCGGAGGUGGAAAGAGGACUAGGCUCGCGUCCUCCUGUUGAGGCACCCGGCCAAGAGUACAGGACCAAAGUUCCUUUUCAUGAGCCUGUGCCGGGAGUCCAACCAGCUCAUGAUCGGGGAGGAGUGAUUGAGCGUCACCAGCGGAUCAGAGGAGCUCGUUUGAAUACCGAGUGGCUGAAUUUACAUCUUGAGAAGGCGCUGAUGAAGAGUUGCAGCAGCCUCGCGUUUCCGCUAACCAAAGUACUUACAUUUCCCAAGACUCCUACUCCUUUUCCACCAUUGUUCUAUUCCCUUGACGAAUUCCUGGGUGAAGUCCGACAAGCUGAAGUGGAGCAAGAAUUGCUGUCAAAUGCUGCGUACGGCUUAAAUCUGAUCGUUUCCUACAAUUAG